CUUCACCCUCCCUAUUGACACAGCCCUAUUUUUGGAUAAUUUAAUUUUAUUAUAUACAGUGCUUAUUCUAACGUCACUACUUAAAGCAGGAGGGAGCCACCGACCUAAAUCGCCCAUCGCCCCCUGGUGGCCGCCUCAGAGAAGCACCACUCCACACUCUGGCUCGUCAAGCGAGUUGUCAUGGCAACUGUGCAGCAUGUGCUCACAAAAACAAGAGCUUGACCCGUUCACCGACACCCGACAUCUACGACGCCAUCUUCCUCCUCUUCCUCUUCUUCUUCUUCUUCUUCUUCUUCUUCUUCUUCCUCAAGGCGUUUUUAUCAGAGAGGAGGGUCGGGAGGACCUGGUUUCGCAGCAGACGGGACGCCGAGGAGAGCCGAAAGAUGAGCGGAGCCAAAGCCCGCAGCGACGCGCCUGUUGCUGAAAACGUCUCCGGCUCAACGGCUGCGGCUCCUCCGCCUCCCCCUGUUCCCCGGGACCGCAAGCCCGGCGGAGGGGUCCUGAGGAGGCUGAAGUCCAGGAGGAGCCAGGUGGAGAGCAGGCCCGUCUCCGAGGAGGACCUGCGGACGCAGAGCGGUCACAUCACUCCGGAGGACGUGUUAGGACUGCGCGUAGCUACGCGAGGGUACCUCUGUAAACCCGAGGACAAUAUCUACAACAUCGAUUUUGUGCGCUUCAAGAUCAGAGACCUGGAGAAAGACACCGUCCUGUUCGAGAUCGCCAAACCACCACACGCAGAUGAUGACGAGGAGAUCCGCGAGGGAGACGCCGCGGCGGGGCGGUUUGUGCGCUACCAGUUCACCCCGGCCUUCCUGCACCUGAGGACCGUGGGAGCUACGGUGGAAUUCACGGUCGGGAGCCGGCCCCUAAACAAUUUCCGCAUGAUCGAGAGGCACUACUUCCGCGACCACCUCCUAAAGAGCUUUGACUUCGACUUCGGCUUCUGUAUCCCGAACAGCCACAACACCUGUGAGCACAUCUACGAGUUCCCUCAGCUGUCUGAGAGCCUCGUCCGUCAGAUGGUGGAGUGUCCUUACGAGACCCGGUCAGACAGCUUCUACUUCGUGGAGAACAGACUGGUCAUGCACAACAAGGCGGACUAUGCUUAUAACGGAGGGCAGUGAUGUCUGCAUGCUCCCGUGCUAACAAAAAAAACAUGCACACACACACACACACAUCCAUUCACUGGCAUACACAAAAACAUACACACACACUGCUCUAACACAGACACAGGUGACUGUGAUGUUCGUGAAGAGGAAUUGCCACGUACUGCAGUCAUUUUCAGCGGUUGUAUUUUUGUAAUUCUGGAGGUUAUUAUCGGUCUCAGUGCUCUGACACACAAACAGGAAGCAGCUUUCAGGUUUAAAAUGUGCUAAUUUAACCGCUUUUUAAUUACCGACACAUCUCUUUGAUACUAGAAGAGGGCUCGUAGCUAGUGGCCUUGUGACAUGUGUCUGGAACAGACCGAAUGGCUGUUAGAUCGAUGGUUAGUCUCCUCUUAGAGAUUUUAAAAGUGUUCUACCACCCUUUCAACGCACAUUUACACUCACACACACACACACACACACACACGCACACACACUCAAUCCCCAAGUGACACACGUAGUGUUUACGCAGUGUUUGUCAGAAGCAGCUGUUCUCUGAGCUACCGCCUCCACAAUCCACUCCAGACAGCAUCGGGGGAGAAACAGAGAAACCAUCCACAAAAACACUCCUGUCAAACACACAUGGUCACUCCUGCUGCCCCUUCCUCCCCCUCUUCCUCCCCCUCUUCCUCCCCCUCCUCCUCCCCUCCUCUCUCAUCUCCCUCGCUAGCAUACACAGACACAUCAUCAGCCGUUCUAUAGAAGGCUUUGAUCGGAAGGUCUUUGAGAUUAUUAAAGCUCUUUUGCUUGACACAUGAUAAAAAUGCAUCAAGCAGUUACUUAUAAUGUCGUCGUCAAAUCCAGACUGAAGAUAAAUUGAUGUCACAUAAUGACGACGAGUUUUCACACGGAGGUCUGAGGGGUCGAAAAAAUUAUGAAAUGAAAAGUGGGUAAGAUUUUUACUCUGGAGGGUCCUUCAUGGGCUUCAUCAUUUUAAAAUCAACAUUCGUUGUUCACCCCUAUCUAGGUUUAAUCAUCUGUACUAUUUAGUCCACAUUUCAUCACACACGUCUCAAAACGUCAAAUUUGUCUGGGAACUGAGUGGUUUUUCUUCUAGAUAGGUAGUUUCAACUCUUUGUAAACUUUGGUGUUCAGGGUCAAAGAUGGUGUUUGUAAAAAAAAAUAUAUAUAUAUAUACAUACAUAUAGUGUUUAUAUAUUAAAAGAGGUGACAAAAUAAAUGUACAUUUUAUAGAUAAAACAAAUGUGUCUCAGUUG